AUCACGCGCAGUCAUCACCCUGCAGUAGUACAAAUAUUAUCGUGGCGAGAGGCCGCAUAGCGGAAUUCCGUGAAUUUGAGGAACAACUGUAUUCCGGAGAACGAGAUUUCGCCGUCGGAGGAAAUCUGGAUUGUUUCUUUUUUUUUUAUAUAAACGGAAAACGCCAUUUUCGCGAUUCCAAUUUUUCUAAAUACUUCUCCGAGUCUUCAAUUUUAUAAAAUUCUCAAGACGAUGAAAUAUUUUGCAUAGAAGAAAAUUGGUUGACCGUUGAACUAGGUUGCGAUUCGUCAUUGGAAAUAAUUUUGACUGAUUGAGAGGGGAUUAGUUUAGUUUUUUUUUUUAUCUUUUUCGUCCAUUGUCCAUUGUACUUGUUCGUUACGUCUGUCGCGGAAAUCGUGUGUGAAAAUGACCGAAAGGACGUCGUUGGUGGAACAGAAGAAACUUCAGUGGGCCAAGGAAAGAGAAGAAAUGGAUCGUCUUGGUGUUGUUAAGUGGGAAACUGUGAAGCCAAGUAGUAAUUACAAUCGUACCCAUAUCCGCACAUACUCGAACGAGGCCAAAUUGUCCUUGGGUGAAAUAAGGGAUAGGCCUUUCGUGCAGCACUUCCUUACGGCUGGACAUUAUGGAAGUACCGUCAGUCUAAAGAGUCUGACGACGGAAAAUUUCGGAAGUAGCACCAACAACCCCAAAUGUCUUGAUAACAACGAUGGACGUUUAAUUAAUCUUCAAAAUCAAGUGGAGACUUCACAAGUUAAACAUAGAAGUCCUAGUCUACCUCCAAUUUUCAACAAGAAGCAACAACAGUAUUUUUAUCAACUAGAACAACAACAGCGUAACUCUAACGUAGGGGGAUUACAAUACCAGUUACAAAAAUCACAAAAACAGGAAGACCGUCGUUAUCUAUCCAACGAGCAUCGCGAUAGUUAUAAAGAGACGCAACAAUACGGCUCGGGGGGUGAAGAGCGUGAGGGCGAGACUUCUGGUUACGCCAGCGAUUCCGUGGAUGUGCCUCAAGCAGAGCAAAAACCUGUGCCUGUCAAAGCAGUAUCUAGGAUGGCAAUGACAGAAAAAACAUGGCAAAACCCUUACUGCAUUACUCCGGAAAGUUCACUGCCACCAUCAAGAAGGGUUUCGCCAAACAGAAUAAGUGAACUCAACAGGUCAAGGUGGGGUGUCUGGGGUGAAGAUACAACGAGAGGCAACCCACCACCGCCCUCCUGGUUAUCAAGAUUAGGACAAUCGAGCCAAGUUCUGUUAAUUAAUCACGACAGCGCUAGUAGCCCAGAUAGUUCAACAACUGGCUCAACGGGAUCCGACAAGGUAUCUUAUCUUCGGGGUCAGAAUAUUCCGAUGGAUACAGAAAUUCUUCAGGAACGUGAAAUAAAACGGCAGAAAGCGCUAGAGCUUCAGAAUGCCAUCAAACAACAGCUCGAAGAAAAAGACAGACAAAGAAAAGAGGAAAAAGAACGGCGUAUGAGAGAGGAAAUGUUGGAAGAUGAACGAAUCCAGCGAGAGAGAGAAAGCGACAAAAAAAGAUUCGAGAAAGAGCAGCGGAUAAUACAUGAGAAGGAGAAAGCAAAUCUAAGGAAGACGCAGGCCAUGCGCGAAGUGCUCGAAACUGCGGAACGGCUGGCGAAAGAAGAGCGGAAGAGUCGUCGAAAGAGAGAGGAGUACACUAAUGAGGACAACGAUGUGACGCAGUUUUCCAAUGAAUCGAAAGUUACUGCAAAUGUGAACAAUGACAAACGCGAAGAACAAAGUUGUUCGCAAACGCAGAAACAAACUCCGGGAACCGCAAGCUCAGUUAAUUAUCUCAAGGAGAAGUCCAGUCCAAAAAAUAUUAAAGAUGGUGAAAAUUAUCAAGAGAGUGGAAACGACAAAGAUUCAAAGGAAGUUUGUUCACAGGCAAAUUAUAUGACGCAGGAUAAGUCGCAGGAGGUUACGCCGCAGGAUCUGAAUCUGAGAUCUCUUCAGGUUCCCGUGAACAAGGACGUAACGAUUGUAUUGAGCGGUCGAUUGGAGAAUCCAGAGAUCCUGAAUAAAACAAAUCUACAGGUGACAAGCCUGGUGAUGACAUCGAACCCGCGUCGAUUUUCGGAUAACACUACAGACUACUUCUCGUUGAGGCUCAAUACAAUCGUGAAAAGCAAUGGAAGCCCUGACGAUUCGUGGAAAUCCACAAGAAAUGUCUCGUCGACCGUUAUAGAGAAUAGACUGCUAACACCUAGUAAAUACAGAAUGCCAGCCGGUCGAGAUUUUGGUACGCAGACAGGCAUGGAAUCUGAUGUCCAGGAGCUGCGCAAGAAGCUACAGGAUCAAUUAACAGAGCAAGAUUUUACGAAAAAUCGGAAAGACGUGACAAACACUAGAAGAAAUGUUGAAAAAUCAAAUAAUGUGGGUCUUGGUAACGAAAUCCUUAUGAAAACUUUUCCGCGAUUUAAAUCGCAACCUAGAGCUACACUUGACAGUAGACCUCGAUGGAAUGCCAAUCGUCCAGGCACACGGUAUCGAACACAAAGCGAGAAAGAUCCGCAUUAUCAGAGACGAUUGCGAUUAAGAAGGCGGCAAAUGGAAUCCAGUGACGAAGGAUCUAGGUCUCCAUCCCCCGACCGACGAAAAUCAAAUAAUGGAAAGUCAAAGAGAAAUACUAUCAAACGUAAAGCAAAAUCUGAAAAUUACGACGCCGAUCUAUCAAUGGACAGUUUAAAUUCCAUUGUAUCACUACGGAUCGAUAAAGAUGGAAAGAUUAAUAUCGAGGAAUGUGCUGAAAAAUUACGAUCAAGAAACAAUGCGAAUCAUGCAAAACGAGUAGACGCUAAUAAUUCUAAUAUCUGGUGCGGACACGAAAUCUUGUCGAAGCUACUGACAUUGAAAAGCGGACUUUUGACGAAGCAAAUCGAGUGGGACACCGAACGAUGUUUAGUCUCACCCGCUGCAUCCGAAAUCUUUUAAGUGCCUGCAGGAUUUCUGUUUAUCAAAAAAAAUUUUUUUUUGUUUGCAUAGAAAAGG